AUGGAGUUGUUGUGGAUGUGGAUACCCGUUUUGGGCUCUCUGUUGUUUGUGGAAAUCUCGCGGACUCUACCCAUUGAUGAGGACCAGCAACUGAGGCGUGAGGACAUGGAGCUGGCUGAGGGCUACCUGAACAGGUUCUAUGGUCUGAACGUCAGAGACCACAGAGCUCGAUCAAGAAGGAUCAGGUCUGCACCAGCAAUGGAGGAGAAAAUCAGAGAAAUGCAACACUUCUUUGGUCUGAGAGAAACAGGAAACCUGGACUCUAACACCCUGGAUGUGAUGAAGGAGCCAAGGUGUGGCGUUCCAGAUGUGGACAACUUCAGCUUUUACCCCAGUAAACCUAAAUGGAAGAAGCACACCAUCACAUACACGAUUACCAAAUAUACUCCAGACAUGAAGCGAGAGGAUGUGGAAAAGUCCUUUCGUUUUGCCCUGAAGAUGUGGAGCGAUGCGGCUCCACUGAAGUUCAUCAAAGUCAACCAUGGCAAAGCUGAUAUAGUCUUCUCCUUCGCACGCAGAACUCAUGGAGAUUUCUUCCCCUUUGAUGGACCCCGGGGUGUGUUGGCUCAUGCCUUUCAGCCAGGAGAGGGGUUGGGUGGAGACGUGCACUUUGAUGAGGAUGAAACGUGGACAGCAGGGAGGCAAGGUUACAGCCUGUUUGCUGUUGCAGCUCAUGAGCUCGGUCACUCUCUGGGUUUGACUCAUUCCAGAGACCCCUCUGCCAUCAUGUACCCCAACUACAGACAUCAGAGCCGAACACAGUACUCUCUAUCUGCAGACGACGUGCUGGGGAUCCAAACGCUGUACGGCAAGCCUGGCAAAAAAGUGGCAUCCCAAGUCUCUCCAAAUAAAUGUGACCCCAGCUUUUCUUUUGAUGCAGCAACAAUGAUUAACAAUGAGAUUGUUUUCUUUAAAAACAAGUACAUGUGGAUGAGAACAACAAGGAUGACCUACUGGAAUCGCCUGACAGAGGGCCACAGCAGCACAUAUUUACCCAGCAUCAGUUCUCACGUUGAUGCUGCUUAUGACAUCCCUGCCAAAGGCGUGGCGUACAUAUUCACUGGUCAUAAGUACUGGGUGGUUCAACAGCUUAAGAUGAAAAGUCGCGCUGGCUCCAUCCACGAGUACGGCUUCUCCUCCAGAGUCAGGCAGGUUGAUGCUGCCGUACAUGUCAGUGAAUACGGGAAGACUGUGUUCUUCAUCGGAGAGUUUUAUUACAGGUACGAUGAGCAGAAGAGACAGAUGGACCCCGGCUUCCCCAGACUCAUCCAAACCGACUGGCCUGGAAUCCCCAGAAGAGUCGACGCUGCAUUUAAGUUACAUGGUAGCAUCUUCCUCCUCAGUGGGACAAAAUCUUACCAGUACGACUUCAGACUGAAGCGGGUGGUGAAGGUGAUUUCAGGAAACUCUUGGCUGGGAUGCUGAUCCCAUAAAGUAGUGGACAACACAAAGAUACCGUUUAUAGAGUUUAAGCAAGCCCUUAGAAGGCUACACAUGUAGUUGUGAA